AUGGCAAGUGCCCCUCCUGAACAGAAUCAGAAUCACUGCUCAGCCAUAAACAACAGCAUCCCACUGAUGCAGGGCAACCUCCCCACACUGACAUUAUCUGGAAAGAUCCGAGUGACGGUUACUUUCUUCCUUUUUCUACUCUCUACAACUUUUAAUGCUUCUUUCUUGUUGAAACUUCAGAAGUGGACUCAGAAGAAAGAGAAAGGAAAAAAGCUUUCAAGAAUGAAGAUGCUUUUAAAACAUCUGACCUUAGCCAACCUGUUGGAGACUCUGCUUGUCAUGCCACUAGAUGGGAUGUGGAAUAUUACAGUUCAAUGGUAUGCUGGAGAGCUCCUCUGCAAAGUUCUCAGCUAUCUGAAGCUUUUCUCCAUGUAUGCCCCAGCUUUCAUGAUGGUAGUGAUCAGCCUAGACCGCUCCCUGGCUAUCACGAGGCCUCUAGCUGUGAAAAGCAAUGGCAAGCUCGGACAGUCCAUGAUUGGCUUGGCAUGGCUCCUCAGUAGUAUCCUUGCUGGACCACAGUUAUACAUCUUCCGGAUGAUCCACUUAGCAGACAGCUCUGGGCAGACAGAUGGUUUCUCUCAAUGUGUCACACACUGCAGUUUUCCACAAUGGUGGCAUCAGGCCUUUUAUAACUUUUUCACCUUCAGCUGCCUCUUCAUCAUCCCUCUUCUCAUCAUGUUAAUCUGCAAUGCAAAAAUCAUCUUCACCCUGACACAGGUCCUUCAUCAAGAUCCCCACAAAUUACAACUGAAUCAAUCUAAGAACAAUAUACCAAGAGCUCGGCUGAGGACCCUAAAGAUGACAGUUGCAUUUGCCACUUCAUUUACUGUCUGCUGGACUCCCUACUAUGUCCUAGGAAUUUGGUACUGGUUUGAUCCUGAAAUGUUAAAUAGGGUGUCAGAUCCAGUAAAUCACUUCUUCUUUCUUUUUGCUCUUUUAAAUCCAUGCUUUGAUCCACUUAUAUAUGGAUAUUUCUCUCUGUAA